UUUACCUCAGUUGAACAACAUUUCUUGCAAACCAGAGCAGUUCCAGAACAUGCUGACCAAUGGCCUUCCACUAUUGGUUUCAUUUUCCCUGAAGUGCUUGCUAAUUCCAACAGACACUCAGUUGGAUGCAAUUCUGAAAGCGUUCAGUUCCGACAGAAACAGGAGGAUGGCUGGAGCUGUCAGGGGAUUGAUCUCACCCAAACCCUGCCCCCAGCCAAUUUGCCCCUCCCUGAGUUCAGGAAUUUUCACCUUCUCUCUCUCUCCCUCUCACUCUCUGUCAGUUUACUGGAGGGCAAGGUUUGAAGGUACGGGAGCGGCCAGCGGGAAUGUGCUGAUCGGAUGGGGAGAAAUGGGGACACAGAACCAAGGUGAUUGGAUGAGCUCCCAAUGUUUAGCUGAUCCAUGGAUAUCAAGGGACCAAAGGCAAUCUCAUUCAUUAACAUAGUGCUCCUCCUGACAGCGGCUGGCUGUGCUUUGAAUGUCAAUCUGAGAGAGGAUGUGACCUAUGGGAUCAGCGGGCAGCCCAUUCUCCUUGAGGCGGCCUAUCACGUGGGGCCCUCGAACAGACUGCACAGCAUCAUCUGGAAGGUGGACAACGUGGGCGCUACCCGUAUCCUCCAGUACAUCGUUAGCAAGAACACAACCAUCCCAUCCAGCCCUUACCGCACUCGCAUCCAAUUUGACAGCGAGACCGGCUCCCUCCGGCUCUCCAACUUCACCCCGCUUGACCAGGGCACCUACCAGAUCACAGUGACCGCUGACGAUGGCGCUGAGGACAAAGCCUCCACUCUGGUGACCAUGUACGAGCGCAUUGCAGGGGUCACGGUCACCAUGACCCCCAACGUUACCAACUCCAUGCGGAACGUAACUCUCAGUUGCUCUGUGGAAGGUGGCACACGACCGGAAUUCUCCUGGACUAAGGACUGGAAGAACAUCACGGAGACGGAGAGAUUGUCCAUUGGGAAUUCUGGACAGACUCUUGAGCUGUACAUGCUCAGUGCGGAGGACUGUGGGAUCUACACCUGCCUGGUCACCAAUCAACUGAACAGCCAGACGCAAAGUCUGAGCCUAUUAGCAUCUCCAAGCUUCCCGCAGUGCAGUCCAGAUUGGGCUUUGACGAAGAGACAUCAUUACCUGCUCGUCAUCAUAACCGUGGCCUCUGGCAUCGUCUUGAUGAGCUUGUUGAUAUAUUCCACAAAGGUCGGUAAGAUCGCUCUCCAGAGAACCAGGUCAAAGUAAGCAGCCAGCGAGGGGCCGAAUGUUUGAAUCCAGCACAUCAUCGCAAGCAAUGCUGCACCUCCCUCAGAUAUUUGCCACCGCGGUUUGAAAAUGUCACUGACCAGGAUAGGAUCCCUGACCAUUUUUUGAGUCACCCAGUCUCAUCCGUUCAACUGUUUCCUUUGUGAGCAUUAUCACCAACAAGACAGCAUGGUGAAGCCGUGAGAGAGCUACCUAUCUCUGACGGCGGUUGAAAGUUAAGGAUCGUCAUGUCUCAGACGAGGGUGAGACCCUUCAUGGCCUGGUCAGCCAGAGCAGGAACUGAACCCACGGUGCGGCGGCUAUCACAAUGCUUGAACAAUCUGGCCCACCCAGCGUGCUGAGCUAACCGACCCUGACUGAUGCUGCAAUCCUUAACCUCACACACUUCGCUUCAAUCUCAACUCAAGCCCCUUCACUGGUUCCUUCGAAUAAUUCACUCAGGGGAUGUGGGUGUUGCUGGUUCGACCCAGCAUUUAUUGCCCAUCCCGGAUUGUCCAGGUGGGGGCAGUUCAGAGUCAACCGCAUUCACUGUAGGUCUGGAGUCACGCGUUGGCCCAGACCAGUAGGGCUGGCAGUUUCCUUCCCUGUAGGACAUUAGUGAACCAGAUGGGAUUUACCGGCAAUGUAUUCAUGAUCAUCAUUCAAUUUUUAAUUCCAGACGUUUAUUGAGUUUAAUAUUUUACUGUAGCAGAAUUCGAAUCCAGCCCCCCCCACACACAGCGUUACCUGGGUCUCAGGAUUAACAGUCCAACGAUAAUACCACUGGGACAUCGCCUCUCCUCAUCCAUCCCCAACUGAUGCUGCAUCCCUUACCUUCCUGGACAUCUCCCUCUUUGCCCCCUUUCCACAACCACACUGAUACCUCUUCCUGUCCGGAAACUGUCGAAUUCACAAACUCAGCGGUCUCUCCAAGUGGAGGAUAACAGCGCCAUCUCUCCCUGCCCGGAAAGCCCGGCAUUCCAGCCCAGCACCUCUGCCAGAAACACGGGCAGGAAUGCUCCGGUCGGGAUCGACGCACUAGGAACCGAAGAUGGAGGCGUUGACUCCUGCUGUGACGACGGGGACAGAGUGUCCCCACAGCGCAGCCAAUUCCAGCUGAACUACGGAGCAUUUAUCCACCCUUCCCGAGCUUAGUGAAGCGGAGCGGGCACUUGACGAGGGAUUUUGGGAAGGGGAGCUGGCGGAGGAGAGCCGGAGAGUUACCCCAAUCGGGAAUUCGACAGCUGCGGUGAGAGGGAGGGCUGACGAGAGAGAGGGUGGGGAGAGGGGGUUUUGCCAACACUUUGGCAUGGGGAUGGACAGCACAUACUGAAUAAUCCCAAGAGCACCAUUUGCUACAAUAACCCCCGAUUCGGGCCAAAUGCUGGUGAUCCCAAGUGAUACCGCAGACUGGGCUGGCCAGCGGGCAAACUGACUCAGACUGGCACUGCGGGUGAAUGUCAGUUUACCAGGUAUACAGAGGUGUCAUAUGCCUACGCUUUGCAAUAGCCCAGAAUGAGAGCAGCUGUUGGUUGUUUGAAGGAGUGGGCAGGACGUGUAGAAUAAUCCUGCCCGUGCCGAUGGAGACUGUAACCAUCAAUAAAUCAGAAAGCCAAUAA